GAACUCGUAUUCCAAGCCACCCUUUUCCCUCUCGACUUCCAACUUGCCACUCCAUCGAGUCCAUUCACCGUAACCAAAAGCUGGCACAUCCCCCUUAGCCACCACCUCCAGCUGACCUCAUGUCUUUCCGGCAGAGAUUACCUCCGACGACGACAACCAUCCUCCUCCCUCUGCUCUUCCUCUUCCUCUCCCUGUUUUCUCCAUCCACAUCCGACGAGCUUCAACCUCUCUUAAACCUCAAGCAAUCCCUUGAAACCUCAAACCCAAGUCUUUUCACUACUUGGGCACCACCCAAUUGGGUCUGCAACUUCACCGGGAUUGUCUGCGACUCCGACGGCUUCGUCUCUGAAAUCAAUCUCUCCCAGCAAAACCUUUCCGGGUUUCUUCCGUUGCACGCAAUCUGCUCGCUUCCAUCGUUAAAAAAGCUUUCUUUGGGCUCCAAUGGAUUGUACGGAAGCCUCACGGAUGACCUGAAAAACUGCUCGAGCUUGGAGCAGUUGGAUUUGGGUAAAAAUUCGUUUACCGGAAAAGUUCCAGACUUGUCUUCUUUGACAAAAUUAACCCUCCUGAGUCUCAAUGGCAGCGGAUUUUCCGGGAAAUUUCCAUGGAAAUCGCUGGAAAAUCUCACGAGCUUAGCGUUCUUGAGCCUCGGCGACAACCCUUUUGAUCAAACUCCAUUUCCUGAAGAAGUUGUGAAGCUUGAAAAGCUUUACUGGCUGUACCUCACGAAUUGCAGCAUCGCCGGAAAAAUCCCAGAGGAGAUCGGAAACCUCACUCUGCUCGAAAACCUCGAGCUUUCGGACAACCAACUGUUGGGAGAAAUUCCCCAGAGAAUUUCAAAUCUCGGGAAGCUGUGGCAGCUCGAGCUUUACAACAAUUCUCUGACCGGAAAAAUCCCGGUUGGAUUCGGCAACCUCACAAGCCUUGUCAAUUUUGAUGCCUCAGUUAACAAGCUUGAAGGUGGCCUCUCUGAGCUGAGGUUUUUGACAAGGCUUGAGUCUCUGCAUUUGUUCGAAAACCGGUUAGAAGGCGAGGUUCCAGCGGAGUUUGGGGAGUUGAAGAGCCUUUCCAAGCUCUCACUUUACACGAACAAGCUCACCGGUGCACUUCCUCAAAAGCUAGGUUCUUGGGCGGGAUUGGAUUACAUUGACGUGUCGGAGAACUAUCUGACUGGUGCUAUACCACCCGGAAUGUGCAACAAUGGGAAGAUGAUUGAUUUUCUCCUUCUGCAGAACAAUUUCACAGGUGGGAUUCCUGAGAGCUAUGCCAAUUGUAAGUCUUUGGUUCGGAUUCGUGUGAGCAAAAAUUCGCUUUCGGGCACUGUUCCUGCUGGAUUAUGGAGCUUGCCAAAUGUUAUUCUCAUUGAUCUUUCUAUGAAUCAAUUUGAAGGUCCUCUGGCACCAGAGAUUGGUAAGGCAAACUCUCUGUCACUAUUACUUUUAGCGAAUAAUCGAUUUUCGGGUGAAUUGCCUGACGCCUUGUCUGAAGCUACUUCAUUGGUCGCAAUUCAAAUGAGUGUGAACCAAUUUAGAGGGAAAAUCCCAGAAGCAAUUGGGAAAUUGACAAAAUUAAGCAGUCUUGAUAUGGACCAAAAUAUGUUGUCUGGUACAAUACCAGAAUCAAUAGGCUCGUGUUUUGGUAUUUCUGAAAUAAACCUUGCCCACAAUUAUAUUUCUGGUGAAAUCCCUUCAAGUCUUGGAUCAUUGCAUAAUCUGAAUUCCUUGAACUUAUCGGCAAACCGCCUUUCCAGCGAAAUUCCUGCUACUUUUUCGUCACUAAAACUCAGCCUUCUUGAUCUGACAAACAACCAGUUGACUGGUCGAAUCCCCGAUUCACUGUCCAUUCAGGCCUUUAAUGAAAGCUUUGAUGGAAAUCCGGGUUUGUGCAGUCAGAACUUGGAAAAUGUGCGGUCUUGUUCCUCAAGUCCUGGCACAUCUAGCCAGCCCCGAAUUUUCCUGUCCAGUUUCAUUGCUUCAAUACUUGUUGUGCUUAUUGUGCUUGGUUUGCUCUUGCUGUUGAAGCUGAGGAAGAGCAAACUUGACCGUCCGCUAAAGAGUGAUUCGUGGACUAUGAAGCAGUACCAUGUGCUAAGCUUUACAGAGAAGGAAAUCUUAGAUUCAGUGAAAGCUGAGAACUUGAUUGGCAAAGGAGGGUCAGGGAAUGUAUACAAAGCUGUGCUAAGUGAUGGGAGAGAAUUUGCUGUAAAGCACAUUUGGACCACUUCAGACUCCGGUGACAGAAAAAGUUACCGAAGCAGCGCUUCCAUCUUGAAGAAGACUAAAUCCGGGUCAUCAGAGUACGGUGCAGAAGUGGCCACACUGAGCUCUCUGAGGCAUGUGAAUGUGGUGAAGCUCUACUGCAGCAUAUCAAGUGAGGACAGCAACCUGCUGGUUUACGAGUACUUUCCGAACGGGAGCUUAUAUGAUCAGCUACACACAAGUAAAAAGAUGGAGAUGGGGUGGGAAGUAAGAUAUGAGAUUGCGUUGGGGGCUGCAAGGGGUUUGGAGUAUCUUCACCAUGGAAGCAGUCAUAGACCUGUGAUACACAGGGAUGUGAAGUCUAGUAAUAUUCUGCUGGAUGGAGAUUGGAAGCCAAGAAUUGCUGAUUUUGGACUUGCAAAGAUUAUGCAGGCUGGUGUAGAUUGCACUCAUGUCAUUGCCGGGACACUUGGGUAUAUAGCUCCAGAGUAUGCAUAUACCUGCAAGAUCAAUGAGAAGAGUGACGUUUAUAGCUUCGGGGUGGUGUUGAUGGAGUUGGUCACCGGGAAGAGGCCGGUUGAGGCUGAGUUCGGAGAGAACACGGAUAUAGUGAGCUGGGUCUGCAGCAAAAUGCGGUGCGUUGAUAGUGAGCUUGAAUUGGUGGACAGGAGCAUUUCUGACGAUCUAAAACAAGAUGCCAUCAAUGUUUUGAGCAUAGCAGUCCGCUGCACUGCCAGGGUGCCGGUUCUAAGACCCUCCAUGAGAAUGGUGGUUCAAAUGCUGGAAGAGGCUGAGCCUUACAAACUCAACUGCAUAAGCAUUGCCAAAGAAGCUGACAGAUAGCCACAAGGUGGAACACAAGUACCGCAGUUGAUAUACAAAAGUUACUUCUAGUUGGGAGGUGACUGUAGCAGUCUUCGGUACUUUGUGUCUGUUUUUCUUAGAGGUGUGGGAAACAUCCGGAGCACUGAAAUAAUAUCCGGAGCGGAUCCCAUCCCACUAAGUACCCCUCGAAGAAACGCUAAAGAAGGGGAUUAUAUAUAUAUAUAGCUUAGAAUACACAAUGAAUGGUUAGUUUGUAAACUGCAAUAGGCUUUCCCUUGGCUAAGAGAGAAGCUACUAUCUGAAAAAGCUUGGAAGGAGCUGUGUAGUAUUUAGAUCUCUGUUUGCAAGAGACAUGCGAUGGAUUAGAUUUUUUUUUUAUCUCCUCUUUGCUGCAGAUUCAGAGGGGGUACUUUGUAACAUAUAGAAUUGCGAUGAGUACAACCAUUUUCUCA